AUGGCGGCCAUCGCCGCCCUUCAAAACGACAAAUCCAAGAUCCUGGGUGUAAGCGUCGGCAAACACACUGUUGAACCAGGCUAUCACAUUCCCAAAGGCGAUGCACGAGAUACACCCGUCAUUCGCUUCGACGCAGCCACCCCAUCAACCAAGUACAUAGCAGUAUGCCUGGAUCUCGAUGCUCCCCAUCCAUCAUUUCCAUUCCUCAGCCCUAUUCUCCACUGGAUUCAGCCCGGGCUACAAGCAUCUACGCAAGAUGGACAGACUGUGAUGAAGUCAUCUGAAGCAUUUAUUUGCAAUUACGCGCCACCCGGCCCACCACCAGGCAGCCCGCCACAUCGAUACUGCUUCUUCUUGUACGAGCAGCCAGAGUCGUUUGAUGGGAAGAAGUAUGCGCCGAGUAAUGGUGCUGAGAUGGGAUUAUGGCCGAGAAUGCGGUAUAGUCUUGAUGAGUGGGAGAAGGAGGCUGGAUUGGGGCCGAUUAUUGCGACGAAUUAUUUUAAUAUAAGAUGA